UUGCAACUCUUACAACAAGAGUGAUAAGAAAAGAAGAAUCAAGAUGCAGAUAUUUGUGAAAACCUUGACAGGGAAGACCAUCACCCUUGAGGUUGAAAGCAGUGAUACCAUCGAUAAUGUCAAGGCUAAGAUUCAAGACAAGGAAGGUAUUCCACCAGACCAGCAGCGUUUGAUCUUUGCCGGAAAGCAACUUGAAGAUGGCCGUACUCUUGCUGAUUACAAUAUCCAGAAAGAAUCGACUCUUCAUUUGGUGUUGAGGCUAAGAGGAGGAAUUAUUGAACCUUCUUUGAUGGCUUUGGCCAGGAAGUAUAACCAAGACAAGACCAUUUGCCGCAAGUGCUAUGCUCGUCUCCACCCAAGGGCCGUGAACUGCAGGAAGAAGAAGUGUGGCCACAGCAACCAACUGAGGCCAAAGAAGAAGAUCAAGUGAAGACUUUGUCGGAAGAACUGGUGCAUCUAAGACCAUGUGUAUCUUAUGGUUUAACCAUUUAUGUUGUUGUUUAGCCAUUUCUGUUGUCAUUUAGCCAUUUAUGUUGUUAAGUACCUAUUUAAGUGAACUUACUGUAUUGUAUCUUUACUUCUCAACAAUUUUCUGAACAAACUGCAGAUGUUUCUGUAAAAUCAUUUUGGAAUGUGCUUAUACCAUUGUAAUGUUAGUGUGUGGUUGAUCA